CCUGUGCGCAUGUGCGAAGGUGUCCAAACUGACAAUGCUCGUGAGAUGAAGAUAGCGCUGCUGCUGCUUCUGAGCUCAAGGAGGACGCGAGGAAUCUACAAGCCGACAAGAUGAGAUCCAAGGCGAGGGCGAGAAAACUGGCCAAAAAUGACAGUGAGGCAGUAGACAGCAUGUACGACACAGAGCCCAAUCUCGUGACAGGCGAGAGCGCAGAAGAGGAGACAGAAGACAGCAUCAUGUCCCCCAUUGCGGUGGGGCCCAUGUCCCCUCAGCCCUGCAAUGAGGACUUCACUCCUAAAGAGGGCUCACCCUACGAGGUGCCCGUCUACAUUCCCGAUGAUAUUCCCAUCCCUGCCGACCUGGAGCUCCGUGAGUCGUCCGUUCCAGGGGCUGGCCUAGGAAUCUGGGCCAAAGUCAAAAUCGACAUGGGAGAACGCUUCGGACCAUACAACGAACUGCUGAACACCACGGUGAAAGACACCACUUAUGGAUGGGAGCAAAUGCUGAAUGAUCAUGAAACAUCGUCUCAAGACAGCUGUAUUAAGAAGGUUAUGGACAACAUGGGUAACGUGAAGUUCUGUCUGGACGGGGCUCUGGAGGCCAGCGGGAGCUGGCUCAAAUACGUGCGCACUGCCCCGUCCCAUGAAGAGCACAACCUGGCCAUAUGCCACAUCAGCGAAGAUCAGAUCUACUAUAAAGCUAUUAGAGAUAUUGAAAUAGGGGAGGAGUUACUGGUUUACAUGAAGGACGGAGUUUUCCCCGAGGGCUCAAUGGCACCGAACCUGGAAGAUGAGCCGAUGUACCGCUGUGAACACUGUGAUGAGCUCUUCACAUCAAAGCUGGAGCUACGGCGGCAUCAGAAAUACUCCUGCAGUAGCAGCAACUCUAUCUUUGACUCGCUCAGUGAAGACUUCAAACAGGAGCGCGAAGACAGCGAUGAGCCGGUGCACGAGUGCAAGGACUGUGAAAAGAUCUUCCCUAGCGAGUACAGUCUCGGGCAGCAUAUGAUCGUGCACACAGAUGAGAGAGAGUAUAAGUGUGACCAGUGCCCCAAAGCUUUCAACUGGAAAUCCAACCUCAUUCGCCAUCAGAUGUCACAUGACAAUGGCAAGCGCUUCGAGUGUGAAAACUGUGAUAAGGUGUUCACAGACCCCAGCAACCUCCAGCGCCACAUCCGCUCUCAGCACGUCGGUGCCCGAGCCCACACCUGCCCUGAGUGUGGCAAGACCUUUGCCACCUCCUCGGGCCUCAAGCAGCACAAGCACAUACACAGCAGUGUCAAGCCUUUCAUCUGUAAGUCUGAGCAGUCUUGUCUAAGCCUCAGAUACAAUUACCAGUGUCCAAAGACCUCCCGGCUAGCUCCACCCCAAGAUUGUGACAGCUGUUGUUUUAUAGGUGAGGUGUGUCACAAAUCGUAUACCCAGUUCUCUAACCUGUGCCGUCACAAACGGAUGCAUGCUGACUGCCGCACCCAGAUCAAGUGUAAAGACUGCGGGCAAAUGUUCAGCACUACCUCCUCCCUCAACAAGCAUCGGCGAUUUUGCGAGGGCAAGAACCAUUAUAAUCCCGGAGGCAUAUUCACGCCGGGCAUACCUAUGACAUCCAGUCAUAUUUUAGGCAAGUCCAAGUCUCAUCCUGGCUUGAACCAUAGUGGACUUGGUUUCGGAGAUUACUUCCCAUCCAGGCCGCAUCAUCCAGGUUUGCCCUUUUCCCCAACACCCCCUGCAUUCCCAGCCCUUUCCCAUGGCUUCCCAGGGAUCUUUCCCCCAUCGCUAUAUCCUAGACCGCCAUUGUUACCUCCUAGUCCUUUGCUCAAGAGCCCAAUUAGUAAUAGUCAAGAUGGGAAGCUGACCCCUUUUGAUGCUCCGACUCUUUCUGCCGUCCCAUCCAUGAACAACAGCAAUGGCAAUGUAGGGAGCUGUCUCAGCAGCCAGUCAGAGGAUAAUCGAGAGUCCAAACUGGACUUGUCGUUCCACGACAACAAGAAUAAAGUGAAGGUGAAUGAAAUGUCAGAUGGUAGUGACUUGGAAGAUGUUAACACGUCUAGCGGCACAGAUCUAGACACCACCACUGGCACGGUGUCUGGCUCAGAUCUAGAGAGUGAGGCGGAAAGCGAACGGGAGAAGAGCAGGAGGAAACCAGUGCAGGAGAGCAAGCAGGACGAAGUGAGCAGCAGUUCAGUAUCUGUCUCUAGUUCAGGGAACCUCCCUUGCGAGCGUCCUUUCCUCUCAUCCCAGCAUUCCUUUUUCCCACCGCCAGAGGAGCAAGCACUUCCACCCUCCGGGGCCACCACUGACUCCAUUAAAGCCAUUGCCUCCAUUGCAGAAAAGUAUUUUGGCCCAGGCUUCAUGGGCUUGCAGGAGAAGAAGAUGGGCUCCUUAAACUACCAUUCCAUGUUCCCUUUCCAAUUUCUGCCCAACUUUGCACAUUCCUUGUACCCAUUCACAGACAGAGCACUCAAUCCUGGCAUGUUCUUCAAACCUGAGCCUAAAUCCCCUCGUGAGCACAUACAGAAAAUACCUACGGCCACUGGUGCAGAUUCACCCUUUGACCUAACUACCAAACCCAAGGAGGUCAAACCUCUUCCUCCUCCCCCCAGCAAACCAGCCUUGCCAUCCAAUACCCCCUUGGCCCCUGGCGAGGAACAACCUCUGGACCUCAGCAUAGGCAGUCGAAGCCGAGCCAACCAGAAUGGUGGCACACACGAACAGCGCAAGAAUCACGCCUAUGGCGCAAACUGCAAAGCAGCUAAAGAUGAACACCCAGCACUAACCCAGUCCCAGAACUUGCACCAGCCCCAGAUGCCUCAGCCGCAAGCAUCCCUUUCCCAGCCACCUCCUCCCCAGCAGCAGCCGUCGCUCCACUACGCCAAGCCCUCGCCAUUCUUCAUGGACCCCAUCUACAGCAGGGUGGAGAAGAGGAAGCUAAUAGACCCAGUAGGAGCUUUAAAGGAGAAGUACCUGAGGCCGGCACCACUACUCUUCCAUCCUCAGGUGUCUGCGAUGGAAAACAUGACUGAGAAAUUGGAAAGCUUCAGCGCUCUGAAACUGGAUGCUCCCAAUUCUCUCCAGCACUCCUCACACCACCUUUUUAACUUCCGCUCCCCGCCUCCCUCUCUCUCCGAUGCCAUCUUACGCAAAGGCAAGGAGCGAUACACCUGCAGGUACUGUGGGAAAAUCUUUCCCAGGUCAGCUAAUCUUACAAGGCACUUACGAACACACACAGGAGAACAACCCUACAGAUGCAAAUACUGUGACCGUUCAUUCAGCAUCUCCUCCAACCUCCAGCGACAUGUUCGUAACAUUCACAACAAGGAAAAGCCUUUCAAGUGCCACCUUUGCAAUCGCUGCUUCGGUCAACAGACCAAUCUGGACCGCCAUUUAAAGAAACAUGAACAUGAGAAUAUUCCAGUGAGUCAGCAGUCUGGGAUCCUCUCAAAUUUAGGAACAAAUAUUUCCUCACCGAACUCUGAGUCUGACAAUCAUGCACUUUUGGAUGAGAAGGAGGACUCAUAUUUCUCAGAGAUUAGGAACUUCAUCUCCAAUAGUGAGCUGAACCAGGCCUGUAGCUCCUCGGAGAAAAGAUCAGAGUUGACGGAGGAGGAGGAGCCUCAGAGUCACGCUCACACCACCUCAAAACUGGAGGAAGAUGAGGAGAUGGAGGGAGAUGAUGAAGACGAGGAAGGCUCGUUGACAGAAAAGUCACAGGACGAGACGGUCUCUCCCGCCACUAUGGUGCAGGGCACCUACGACGAGGACGAGGAGCCGACCGCUCUCCCGAUGUCUUACGAACACACGCGCAGGCUUAUGCAAUGAUGCUCUCUCUGUCUGAGAACACCAAUCUGCAUUCAUCCUCCCAGAACUCCUUGGAUGCCUGGCUCAACAUGGGAGGAGGGCCGUCGGAGACGAGCUCCUUUCACCCCCUCAACAACAUCUGAGAACACCAACAAGACAAAAGAGAGAUGGAGGGAGAAAGGAGGAGAGGGCGAGAGACCAACACGAAGAUGCGUCAAAAAGAGCUUGUGAAGGCUAGCAAUGCCACAGUAGACGAACCACCACUAUGCGCGCAAGGAGGAGAACGUACUGUUGAGUGAAACACAGACGGGAGAGUUUUAAAACCGUGAAGGAAAUCAGCAAAUCCCAGCCAUACAGCAUCUUUCCUGUCUGCAACUAGCCACUAUAAUGAAGUUCCCUCCUCAUCCGCUGAUUCAAGAGGCAGCCAUGCAUUCGAAUGACUCUCAAAUCACCUCUCCACCUCAUUUUCAAUGACAUGCAUUUCAUAGAGACUGCUCUCGAGGGUCUUCUCUGAGGAGCCCAAGAAGGCUUGAGUGGACAGUGUAGUUGAGUGUUUCUUCAACUGGAGAUUUGAACACAGCAUUCCAUUCUCACGUUGAUUUUCUACAGCACUGUACCAAGGUUUCCUUUUCUAUUAACUCACAGCCGAAGUCUUACAGUAGAUCAUUACGGUAGACAUCAACAUUGAUUUCCAAUGGCAAUAGAAGCACUUAAGUCUAGCCCACAACUAGCAUGCUAACUUUCCCCUGAAGGCUCAAUGCCGUUUCUAAGCCACUGUCUCAAAAAGUAAAUGCUGGAAGUCACUGGGAAACCUCUGAGAUUUGUGUUGGGCUGUCUGAUCUUGUCUCGUCCCCAGCCGGAUCAUCAUAUGAUAAAUCACGCAUCACGGUCAUUGUAAUUAUUGUUGUUAUGGUAAAUAUCUUAGCUCUUUAGUCCCAACGGAUUUUUUUUUUUUUUUUUUUUUUUUUUUUUAAAGAGUUAAAUUAUUCUCCAGUGGGGCAAUUGGAAAACUUUUGUCUUUUUCUUGCAUUGAGUGUUUUCUAUGGGAAUUGUUCUUCAGUAAACAGUAUUGUUUCUUUUUAAGCCAUCUGUGCUUAAAUGUUAAUAUAAUUCUUAGUGAAGGACCAAAUUUGUACAAUAUUGUUGUAUGAUGUACAAACUAAGUUAACCAUUGGUAGCAGAGAGCGUUGUGUGCCAAAUAAGCCCUUUUUCUUUCUUUUUUUUUUUGACAAUCAUUUUCCCAAGUGGUCGCCUCCUUAUUUAUUUAGUUUUUUUUUUUUUUUUUUUUUUUUUUUUUUUUUGAUUAAUGAAAAAUGAAGAAAAAAUUACCCACUUGUUUGAAGGAAUGAAAUUACUGAAAUAUCAUGGAAAUUCUGAAUUGUUCAAGCUCUUCGUAAAGAAGCAAGUUGCCAAAAUCUGAGUUACAAAAUGCGUUUAUAUUAUGAGCACAUAAUCAUGAAGUCUGCUUUAUGAUGCAUAAGUUUAACCAUUUAAAAAUGUAGGCACUGUGUGAUUUAAGAAAACACUUUUUGACUACAAUAUCAGGUAACUCAGUAGAGGGGGCAUUAUAUGUUGACAUUGUUACACAUUUUAAGCAUCUUCAUAAAGGAAAUGGGUCGACAGUGUAUCUCUGGGUUCAAAUCGCAUGUUUUCAAUGUUCCAUUUGUUUGGGAAGAGCCAUAUACAUCAGCCAGUCCUAAAUAUCAUAUCUAAUUCUAUGUUAUUCAAGUACUUCAUAUUUGCAUCCCAUAAGAGACACCAUAAGCAAUUUAUUCAUUCAUUCAUUCAUUCACAAGAGCAUAGAGAGGUGCCCAAAUCCAUGAGUCUUCAUCUAACUCCUGAACUGUGAAGCCAGCGAAUGAAUCAUAAACAGCUGAAUGCAUAUCAUGAAUGUGUAGAGUAGAUUUAAUACGUAGGUUAGGAGUCAGACUUACCUUCUCUGGAUUGAAUGUCUUUUUGGUCAGGAACUCUUACUCUCCUCACAUCUUUCUGGAUGUUUAAUAACUCUCUGAAAUCAGCACUUAAAUCGAACACAUACCCCUGUCUGGCUAGUUCAUACUUUCUUUUACACCUUAAUACUGAUUUUAAUGAAAUUUUCUAAGCAAGGCUGGUUUUAACAAGCACUUUAACUCUUUGGUCAAACAGGCGUUUUUAUCAGAUGCUUUCAAAUAAAAACAUAAAAAUAAAUUCAAGCGUUGUUAGAAGAACUUGUUGGUUUUGAACAUAAGGAAUAAACCAGGCACCAUGGACUUGACUGGCCUUUCACAGGGAAUCCUUCUGCUUGAUAAUGCUGUGUAAAAACUUUAGGCAGUGUCGUAUUUCAUUAUACUAUCACUGUGUAAUCUUACCUAUUUCAUUCUGUAUCUCCUCACUAUAUAAUUUACUCAAACCCUUGAGUAAAAGGCCUGUUUGAUGCAUAGGAUUGCUGGGGAUGUAAUGGGAUUACGAGUAUGGAGAAGUCAUGUCACAUACUACUGUACUUAGCAAGCGCUGUAGGUGAAGAAAUUGACCCACACUGUUCAAAUCAUGGAAAAUGGUCAAAAAAAUUAACAAUGCAGAUAUCCUUGGCCCACUGUUACAUUGCAAACAAACGUACCAUUUCAAAAACCAUAGAUAAUGUGGUUUCUAUAAAAAAAGUAAAGAAAAGUGUAUAGUAUUUCAAAAAAGAAAAAAAGACAUUGAUAUGUCUGAAAAUUCAUUUUAAACAUGGGUUUGAAAAUAGAUGGUGCUUGUUUCAUUUGGAUAUGAGUUGUAUAUUGCUUAUGUUAUGUUUAUUAAAAAUAUUGUGCAUGACUUGUGUUUUAGAGGUCAUAAUGGUGUCCAUUUGUGAAAUGUGUAUCUUAAAUUAAAAAGAAAAAAAAAAAUGAACUUGUAGAUGCACUUAUUGUACAUGUGGUUAGGUUAGUAGGUUUGACUUUAAGUCCUGUCACUGCCUUAAAUACUAUGGGCAGAUGGUUAUUGAACUGAACAAUAUGCUUGUGGGAGAGAAAUAAUGACAAAAUUUAAGGAUUGUAGAAUAAUACUGAGAAAAUUCUGAAGUUCUUUUUGAUGCUUGUGAUUACUGAGGAUGUACUUUAGAGCAAUUUCAUGGAAAACACAUGAUUCUGAUGUUAAUUCUGUAGAAUAGAUAUGUAAACCAAAUGUAAUCUUUCCAAUGCUAUGAAGAAUUUAUACAUGAAAUUGAUAUGCAAUAAAAAAAAAACCUGUGUGCUUUUUAUAUGAAUGCUGUUUUUUUAUUCAUUAGAAUAAUGUACUGUAGGUGUAUGUGUUAAUGAGGGUACCAGUUGUUUGUGGAAAUGUUCCAAAUUUGCAGAGGUGAUAUCUAGGCAAACAAUAAAAAUUUUGAAGUAGUUUUUUUUUUUUUUUGUUACUUCUUGCUUAAUAUCUUAAUUUUAACAAAUUAAUAUUGAUUCUUAAACCCCAAGGUUGUAAAAUGAUGUGUUGGUGUGGAAGUAAAUAAAAUAAAGUUCAAUAAAAGUAAAUUCAUACAUAUUAUUGUAUGACAAUAUUGUAUGAUGGGAUUAUUCAUACCUCAAGGCUCAGUACUAGGACUGUUACUUUUCAAUUUUUUUUUUUUUAUUUAUUUUUUUUUUUUUU